CUUGAACUCCAAACUGAGCGAACAUGAGUGCACUUGAUUUGACUUCCAUCCUUGAUUUUCUGGAAACAGCCAACCUGACAGAGAUCAACUGGACGUGCAACAACAGUGACUGCAUCACGGUUGAUGCGACAACAUGCCCUGGCACGCUCAACAAAAGCGCCCUGCUAUACAUCCUGUCCUUCUUCUACAUUUUCAUCUUUGUCAUAGGGCUGGUGGCCAACUCAGUUGUGGUGUGGGUCAACCUCCAAGCCAAAAUGACUGGCUAUGAGACCCACCUCUACAUCUUUAAUUUGGCUAUUGCUGAUCUGUGUGUUGUCAUCACCCUUCCGGUGUGGGUCGUCUCCCUCAUCCAGCAUAACCAGUGGUACAUGGGAGAAAUCACAUGCAAGGUAACUCACCUUAUAUUUUCCAUCAACUUGUACAGCAGCAUCUUCUUCCUGGCUUGCAUGAGUGUGGACCGCUACCUCUCAGUUGUCUAUUUCACCAAUUCCAGCAGUCGCAAGAAGAAGAUAAUCCGUCGCUGUAUCUGCAUCUUAGUGUGGCUUCUUGCGUUCUCCGCAUCUCUCCCAGACACCUAUUAUCUCAAGACGGUCUCUUCCAACAACGAAACCUAUUGCCGUCCUGUCUACCCAGAGGAGAGCUUCAAAGAGUGGUUGAUUGGCAUGGAGCUCAUCUCCGUCGUGCUGGGCUUUCUUAUUCCUUUUCCCAUCAUUGCUCUCUUUUAUUUCCUCCUUGCGAAGACCAUCUCUGCCUCCAGUGACCAAGAAAGGAAGAGCAACGGAAAGAUCAUUUUCUCCUACGUUGUCGUUUUUCUUGUCUGCUGGCUACCCUACCAUGUAGCUGUCCUGCUUGACAUCUUCUAUAGCCUUCAUUUCAUACCUUUCAGUUGUCAGAUGGAGAACUUCUUAUAUGCCACUCUUCACAUUACUCAGUGUUUCUCUCUAGUCCAUUGCUGCGUCAACCCCAUCCUGUACAGCUUCAUUAACCGCAACUACAGAUAUGAGCUCAUGAAAGCCUUUAUUUUCAAGUACUCUGCCAAAACAGGUCUCACUAAACUUAUCGAUGCUUCCAGAGUGUCGGAAGCAGAAUACUCUGCUCUGGAGCAAAAUGCCAAAUGA